AUGAGCAGAGGGAAAGGCUCGUGGUGUUCACUACUACUCUUACAGUUGCUCUUUCAAACUUGUUGCAAUGGAGGAGCAUGUAGGCCUUCCUCUUGCGGCAAAAUCACCAACAUAAAACAUCCUUUCCGGCUCAAGGAUGAUCCCGCAAGCUGUGGGGAUUCCAGGUACGAGUUGUCUUGUGAGAAUAACAGGACGCUGUUAUAUCUUUUCCCCGGUAUAAGCUACCAACUGCAGGCAAUAAACUACAAUAACUUCACGAUCCGGCUUGUAGAUCCCGCCAUCUCAGACUCAGGGAAUGACUGCUCCACCCUUCCCCGAUAUUCUUUGUCCGCUAGAAAUUUCAGUGACAGCUAUGGCUACAUGGAUAUCCCCAAAUACAGUGAACCAUAUGGAACUAUUCAAGAACGAACUCGUUAUGAUGUAGUAAGAAUGUUCGAGAACGUGAUCUUUUUGAACUGCAGCUAUCCGAUCAGGGAUUAUCCACGAUUCGUGGAUGCUGCCCCUUGCGUUAAAGAAGGAGGCAAUGUUUAUGCUGUUCUUGGAGACAUGGACGUGGGUGAACUAAGAGAUGAGUGCCGUGUGAAGAUGGUUGCUGCCUCAUCCUUUCUUGUUGUUCCACCGAGAUCGUGGGAGGAUUCAUUCUUCAUCUACCAAAACUUGUCAUACGCUGAAAUCCAUAGAAAACUCAGUUACGGAUUUCAUCUUUCUUGGAUGAUCGGCGGUGCUUGUUCAUCUGCCUGUGGCCAGCUGAGUUCUUGCUUCUUCAACGAAGCCUCUCCAAAUCUCAUCACUUGCCGAGGGAAUCGCUGUUUCACUCCAAUAACGUUCAAUGAAUGCGGUAAGAAAAUUAAACUCUAA